UCAUGUGACCAGCAACGCAGCAGAUUUGAAUUAUUUGUGAGGUGUGCUUUCGUGUUACAGUUUGAAUGUGCAGUAAUAGAGACGUUUUGUGAGCUUUCAGAGGAGCUAGAGGAAGAACCAACAGCAGGAUGAACUGUCGAACUAACAGCGAUGUGUUCUUUCUGUCUGAUGAGAAAUUUGACUUCGAUGUUCCCAUGUCACCUGACUGCUCCAAAAGUGAAGAAGAUGAUGAGGUGUUUGCAGGUCCAAUUGAUUAUACUGAGAGGCGUGCUGCUGCUAACUUGGAGUCCCAGAUUGAAGAGGGUGGUGAUGGUAUGCGACCGAGCUGGAGCCCGCUGAGCAGCGAUCAGCUGGAGGCUGUGUGUCAGGAAGCCCUCAGACUAGCCACCCAGCUGCAGAGUGGCGAGCUGAGCCAGCUGCACAGUGACGACGAUGGGACUGCAACCACCAUGCCCAAUAAGGAGUUCAUCCAGGACACAGAGACUAAACUGGCUGUGUUCUGUCAGCCCGCCUUUACACUCAGCCCGAUCAAACGGCAGACUUUUUGUGUGCAGGACAGCCCCAUGAAGCAGCUGCCACCUGCUAUUCAGCACCGCCUGCUGAAAGGAAGAGGCGCCAAUACAGCUUCCUCCACCCACCCCAGUGCCACCAAUGUGCCUUCCUCCACCCGCCCCGGUGCCAGACUCAGCACCUCCAGCCCUGUGGCCGGGGCCAAGGCUCCACCCAGGGCGGUGCUGCGAGGAAAAGCUGCUUUGGGUGUUGGUGUUGUGUUGCCGAGCAAACCUGCUGUUCUGGCAUCUUCCAUUUCAGCCAGCAAAAGCAAAGUGGAGAAAACCAGACUGCAACCCCUGCAACCACUGAGCAAAGACGUGGGAAGUUGGAAGCGGAGCCCAGCCUCUCGACUUUCCAGCAGGGCAGAGUCGUAUGAGGAUCUGCUCUCUGAUUCAACGAGUGUGGCCUCUGACAUCAGCGAUUCCUCCCUCAACUCCAGCUUGAUGGGAAAACGCACUCUGGCUCCACCCACGAAGAGUGUUGUGAGGAAUGUGUCGGGGGUGAAGGCUCUAUCCCUUCAGAACAGGAGGGUGACAGACAGGAAGAACACAUCCUCAUCCUCGUCCUCAGUGUCCAGCUUCAACUCCAGCCUGUCUCUGUCCCCCGCUAAAGGUAAACUGAACUCUUCUCUAAACCGGAGUGUAAGCGGCUCCACUGGCCCCACCCCCAGCAGAGUCAGCAAACCAGCCAGUCAUAGCAGACCACGGUGCUCCACUGUCUAUGGUGCCAUAGAGCCAACAUCCUCCACCACCAGUCGCCGCUCACUGUCUGUCCAAGCCAGGAAGCUGUCUGAGCCGGAGCACGCUAAAGCUGCCAGGUCCACGUCACUGAAGAGAGCUGAGGCUACGCCCCUCCAGCCGACACCCACCAAGAGGGUUUUGGACAGAGCCGCCAACAUCCCCACUGUCACCGCAGUGCAGCCGCAGACUGGGCUGAAGGCCAGACCCAAACCUGAGGCUGUGGUCCUGCCGAUACUUAGCGGAGUAGGCAGAGGAGUCCAACAGGGAGACGAUGUCUCAAAGAUGCUGAAGCCAAAACGACUGAUGUCAGCGAAAAGAAAGGACAGUCUUCCUCAGAAGCCCGCUGCUGGUCCUCUGACGCCCUCUGCAGGUGACGUCAGGUUGCUGCAGGUGAAGAUGCGGCGUCCCUCUGCCCUCCCCACGCCAGUGAGGCACAAGGCCUGUGCUGUCCCCUCACCUGGCAACCAGGCCCGGCUCGCCAAGCUGCUGCCCACCUCUGACCCUUACCCUGAUCCCAGCUCCGCUUCGCCCAGGAGAGAGGGCAGCUCUAGCUCCACCCCCAUAGACACACAGGAGGUGGAGCCAGUUGACAUCCCUGGCAUCCAGCCCUUCUGUCUGGAGGUGGAGGAAAUGACACUCCCUGCUGCCCCGCCCAGCAGUGCCCCACAGCCUGACCAAUCAGAGAGCACAGAUUCUGGAGCAACGAGUGAGGACCAGUCAGAGCCCAGUAGAAACCUGAUCGAACUGGAGAGUGCAGAGGAGAUCACCAGCAAGACGCAGGAGGUUCUCCUGUUGGAUCUUCCAGCUCCAACUCUGCAGCCUCAAGAGAAACUGCUCAUCGACUUGACCAACACCCCCAACCUGAUCCGCACCAGCAGCAAGACCCACCCAACAACUCAGCUGAUCGACCUGAGCUCUCCGCUCAUCAAGUGGAGUCCAGAGGACAAGAAAGAGAACACUCUGCUCAUCAACCUGUCCUUCUGAUCCAGAUCCUCCUGAAGACCUGGACCUGACAGUGUCCACAGUAAACCAGACUCAUCAAGGUUCCAUCUUCACAAACUGGAAUAUUAAUUCAGUUAACAUUUGACUUAAGUCUUUACUGAAUUAGUGUAUUAUGUUUUAAAUGAUGAAAAUAUUCAUAGGUUGCUGAAGUUCUUCACCUGAUUGUACUUUUAAUUUUUUGUCGCUGCUCUAAUUAAUAUCUGAAUAAAUGUUGUUACUGUCACGAGUGUGAGCGUUGACACUCCUGUGUGUCCAUGUGCUGUUCAGUCUAUCGACGUGGAAACCUGACUGGUAACCAGACUAGAAGAAGAAGUCAUGUAAAACAAAUUCUGUAAAGUGUAACAGCUUGUUAAGAUUAUAUAAAUCACGGAAAAAGAAGUCUAGCGUGUUGAUGCCUGAUCCA